CGCCGCCGCCCACAGGGAGCCGGCGGCCACGCCCGGUCCGCGUCUGGGCUCCGGGCCGCCGGGUCCUGGACCUCUCCGCCCGGGCCCGGCCCCCGGCCCAGCCUCCCACCCCGCUCCCUUUCUCCUCCCGCAAGACCCUCCUGCCGCGGCCGCUGCUCGGCGUCCGCCCCGCGCCCCCCCUGGCUCCGCGGCGCCGGGCCCCCACCCCGGUCCUCCUCCGCGGGCGGCUUCCCACGGCUCCGUGCCCUGCGGGCUCGUGCCCUGAACGGCGGAGAGACGCGGCUCGGCGCGCCCGUCCCACAGCCGGACGCGGGCCCUCCCAGCCCUCGCUCUGGAGCUGGCCGUGACCACUUCCUUCUAGCAUGUUCCGGGUGUUUCCAGACGCCGCUGCCCGUGCGCGCCCCGCGGCUCCUGCAUCAGAGCUUCCUCCCCUUCCGCACUUGGCCGCGCGCCGGCGGCUGCCCCGCGGCUCUCCGCCUGCCUCGCGCCCGGAGAGGCCGCCGCGCCAGAGCCCUGCAGGCGGGCGAUGUGCGGGCUGUGGCCGGUGUAUGUGCGCGCCACUGCAGACCUACCUUUUGAUAAAAUAGAACGGCGACUGGACCUGGUUUACGGUGCUCCAGGGAUGUCUGUCGGCCUGCGAACUGUGUUCUGUGGGACCACGGAGGCUCCAUUCUAGGAUGUGACUCCCGGGUCUUAAAUGCCCAGAGAACAGGAUUUCAGAGCUUCCUUUAAACUGCCCCUAAACCAGGAAUUUUUGAGUCAGGAAAUGACCCGCUGUCUUUUUAAUGAAUUUAUGGAUGCAAGACAACCUGAUUCCACAUUCAGAAAAGGAAGAUGGCGUCAUUGAUUCUUUGAGGACCUGAACAAGGUGACCAGUGGGUGCCGUGUGCAGUAGAUGAGGUCAACUUUCGGCCACUUCUCUUUUGCCCAAGAGACCAGUGCUGAACCGAGUGAGCCCAGACUCACUGAGCGUCUCCACCCACCUCUCCUGUUCCUAGAUCAGGAAAUGAAGAAGCAAAGUUCUUCACCCACGUGGCACAUGGGAGCCCAGUCUCGGAAGCCAUCAGUCCCGGGGUCUCCCCCGGGCCCUGGGGAGGGCAGAGGCGGACCAUGCCCAGCCUGCUGGCCCUGCUCACCGCUGCCCUGCUCGCCAGCUGGGCUCCGCUUCUGGCCGAAGCUGGCUCCUGGUGGUCCUUGGCCAUGAACCCGGUGCAGAGACCUGAGAUGUUCAUCAUCGGUGCCCAGCCGGUGUGCAGCCAGCUGCCGGGGCUCUCCCCUGGCCAGAGGAAGCUGUGCCAGCUGUACCAGGAGCACAUGGCCUACAUCGGGGAGGGGGCCAAGACGGGCAUCCGAGAGUGCCAGCACCAGUUCCGGCAGCGGCGGUGGAACUGCAGCACCGUGGACAACACCUCCGUCUUCGGGAGGGUCAUGCAGAUAGGGAGCCGGGAGACCGCCUUCACCUACGCCGUGAGCGCGGCCGGGGUGGUCAACGCCAUCAGCCGGGCCUGCCGCGAGGGCGAGCUGUCCACGUGCGGCUGCAGCCGGACGGCGCGGCCCAAGGACCUGCCCCGGGACUGGCUGUGGGGGGGCUGCGGGGACAACGUGGAGUACGGCUACCGCUUCGCCAAGGAGUUCGUGGACGCCCGCGAGAGGGAGAAGAACUUCGCCAAGGGGUCGGAGGAGCAGGGCCGCGUGCUCAUGAACCUGCAGAACAACGAGGCGGGCCGAAGGGCUGUGUAUAAGAUGGCAGACGUAGCCUGCAAGUGCCACGGCGUCUCGGGGUCCUGCAGCCUCAAGACCUGCUGGCUGCAGCUGGCCGAGUUCCGCAAGGUGGGGGACCAGCUGAAGGAGAAAUACGACAGCGCGGCGGCCGUGCGCGUCACCCGGCGGGGCAAGCUGGAGCUGGUCAACAGCCGCUUCAACCCGCCCACGCCCGAGGACCUGGUCUACGUGGACCCCAGCCCCGACUACUGCCUGCGCAACGACACCACCGGCUCGCUGGGCACGCAGGGCCGGCUGUGCAACAAGACGUCGGAGGGCAUGGACGGCUGCGCGCUCAUGUGCUGCGGCCGCGGCUACGACCAGUUCAAGAGCGUGCGGGUGGAGCGCUGCCACUGCAGGUUCCACUGGUGCUGCUUCGUCAGGUGCAGGAAGUGCGCGCAGACCGUGGACCAGUUCGUCUGCAAGUAG